UAGCGUCGAACGCGUGGAGGAAAACCGCCGGCAUGUCGGGGAGGCCGAGAGACCAGCGACGGGAUGAAAUGGUGAAGAAGGUUAAAGAGCAGAAGGUCGUGCUGGAUGAGCUGUCCAGCCUGAAGAAAGGCCGGAAGGUUUACGUGCAGCAGCCCAACAGCAAUGUGUUCUUCCUGGCAGACAAAGACCAGACUCUGAGCGCAUGCAAGCACUCGCUGGACAAAAUGAAAAAGGAAGUUCAGGAUUUCUAAAUUGGAGAAGCAGCACCGUCGGCUCAUGUGACGCGUCGUAAUGUGUGGCAUUUGCUGUGCCAUCGUUUUGUCCCCUUUACGGUCCACUUGUCGGGAGGACCACCAAGCCAAACUCCAGCGGAGGGGGCCCGACUGCAGCCGCCACGUGAGCAGACGCGACUCCAGCUCGGGCUACGAGUGCCGCUUUUCUGGUCACGUGUUGCAUAUGCGGGGCCCCCUGACACCCCAGCCCUUGGAGGACGAUGACGGGAAUGUCCUGCUGUGGAACGGAGAGGUCUUCGGCGGCGUACCGGUGUGCUCGGAGGACAAUGACACGCAGGCAGUCUUGCGGCACCUUGGUGCCAGCCGCACUGAGGCCCAGGUCCUGGCCGUUUUGUCUGCCGUUCGGGGUCCGUGGGCCUUCAUUUAUUACCAGGCCAGGCGGCAGUGGCUUUGGUUUGGCCGAGACUACUUUGGGCGCAGAAGUCUGCUCUGGCAGUUCGCCGAAGGUCACAAAGCCGUCACCCUGAGCUCGCUGAGCCUGUCGGGCGCCGGAAGUGGGCAGGCUGCGUGGCAGGAGGUCCCAGCAGCAGCCGUCUACAGAAUCGAUCUCGAGGCUUGUUCCCUCGCUGGCUCAUUCCAUCUGAGUGCCUACCCGUGGAGAUGCCCCUCUACAGAGUGCCACGAGAGCGACUUCAGGUGGGAAGAUGUUCUCGGCUCAGCCUGUUUGGGCCUUAAUGAUUCCGGCCUUUUUCUGGAAGCCCCAGUUGCCCCCCUGAAGCGCCGAGUGCCCGAGGAGCCACUGGAUUCCCAGAAUUCCCUGCGGACCGCUGAGCCUCUCGAGGUUCUCGACUCGCUGCUCUUGAGUGGGGAGAUGAAGACGAGAGCCCACCAGCUUCUGGACGCCCUAAGUGAGGCGGUGAGGCGCCGUGUGCAGCUUCUGCCACGCAGCCCUGGGGGCACCGGUGUGGCAGUGCUCUUCUCUGGCGGGCUUGACUCGAUGGUUCUUGCUGCGUUGGCCGACUGCCACAUUCCUCCGGAGGAACCCAUUGAUCUGUUGAACGUGGCAUUCCAAAUCCCGCUGGCAUCACCUCGGAGCUCCAAGGAGACCAAGCGGGUGGAGGAGGCCGAUGACAGCGCAGGCAGCCGGGUUGGCUUUGAGGUCCCUGACAGGAUUACAGGCCGGGCGGGCGUGCAGGAGCUCCUGGCCAUGAACCCCAGCAGGACGUGGAACUUCGUGGAAAUCGACGUGGCACCGGAGGAGCUGCGCAGCAUGCGGGAGAAGCACAUCUGCCAUUUGGUGUACCCGCUGGAGACCGUGCUGGACGACAGCAUCGGCUGUGCCCUUUGGUUUGCAGCCAGAGGCCGCGGGACGAUCUGCGCCAACGGGACAAGUGAGCCGUACACAUCGAGGGCCAGGGUGCUUCUGAGUGGGAUUGGCGCUGAUGAGCAACUGGCGGGCUACAGUAGGCAUCGGGCUCACUUCAAAUCGGCUGGCUGGACGGGGCUGGAGAAGGAGCUGGGCAUGGAGAUGGCGAGGAUCUCGUCGAGGAACCUGGGCAGGGAUGACCGUAUCAUUGGAGACCACGGGAAGGAAGCGAGGUUUCCAUUCCUGGAUGAAGACGUCGUUUCCCUCCUCAAUUCCACUCCGGUGCAGCAGAAGGCCGACCUGACCCUGCCACGGGGCCUUGGCGAGAAGCUGCUGCUGCGCUUGGCUGCCAGGGAGCUCGGCCUUGGCGCUUCGUCUGUCCUGCCCAAGAGGGCCAUGCAGUUUGGUUGCAGGAUUGCCAAAAUGGAGAACAGGAAAGAGAAGGCGUCAGAUAAGUGCAGUAGGCUGCGACGGACCUGAUCUCUUAUUUGGGGGGGCGGCCACCAAGGACAUCCAGGGCAGCGGGCAGUGGGCACACAAGGAGAAAUUAAAGGAAGCCACAUAUGGUGGUCCGGGGCUUAUUCUGCUUUGC